UGUUUGUCUACUGCUAAUCACAUACACGUUUGUCUUAUAUUUUACUAUAAAGCAUAUUACUUCUUACACUUUUAAUUAAUUUUAAUACCUUUGUUUCUUUUUUUCUUGUUUUUCUUAUUUUUUUAAAAAAAAAAAUGUUAAGUAUAUUUUAAUGUAAAGAAAAAGCCUGACAAGAAAACAUUACCACCAACUAGGGACAACGAAGACUUUGCAGUGGAUGAUCCAAGUCUAAUAAAUAGUAAAAUUAAAAUUAAUAAUUUGUCAAUACCUGAUGUUACCAAUAUUCAAUCCAAGCAUUCUGAAAUUGCAUUAAAUUACUCAUUUUUGCUAGACUUAGGGAACUUGGAAACAGGACCAACUCAAAUUAAACUAAACAUAAAUACUAAAGUUACCAGAUUUUAUCACUUUAAAAAAAAACAACAAAUAUUGUCAAAGAUAAACUUGAUGAUUUCACCUUGGAUGAAUGCAGAAGAAUACCAAUCAAACUAAUCCAGUUGAUGAAGUUCUAUAUAAAGUUAGAGGAGCUGGAUGUCCCAAGUUAUUAAUUACAGCUUGGUUGAAGUUUUAUGAAAUAUUAAAUAAUAAUGAUGUAAUACCUCAAAAGAGUAUUAAUGGUGCUAAACACUGCAGUGUUCAUCUAUGUGAAGCUCCAGGAGGGUUACUGCUCUAAACCAUUUUAUUUGUAACAUAUAUUAAUGUUGAAUGGGAUUGGAUUGGUGUUUCAUUGAACCCAUAUUACGAGGGAUGUUGGUAAUCCUGAUAUGAUUAAUGAUGAUAAAUUCAUAUUACAUACAAUGAGUCAUUGGUUUUUUAGUAAGGAUCAAACAGGAGAUAUUUUCCGAAAAAAACGUUUUGGAAAAAAAGUAAGCAUGGUAACAGCUGACAGUAGUAUGGAUUGUCAAAAUAAUCCGAAUGAACAAGAAGAUGUAGUCACGCGUUUGCAGUUAGUUGAGAUGAAUAAUUUAGAAUGAAUAAUGACAUUGUUACUGAAAAUUAUUUACUUAUUAUCAAUGACGUGAAAAACUAUUUCUUCUUAUUUGCUACAAAAUUAACCAU